UCACACUCACACACACACACACACACACACACACACACACACACGUACACACACACGUCGGGCUGUGUGAGAAUAAAAUGCACAGGUUGUGUAUCGGACGCAGUGGUGCCUGGAGACGCCGCGCUGUGUGCUAUGAGUGCUCCUCUGGACAUUGACGCGCCCAUGGUAGGCUCCUGAGAAGUCAACGUGCACCGAUGAUGCACUACUCGAACUGGCUGAUCGGCGUGAAGAACAGGGCGAGCGUUCGGAAUGCGUGUAGAACACCACCGAACAACAGGGCCAGCGUCGUGGACGCGAGGAACAACAACCCGCAGCCCAACGGGAAGAGGUGCGAGCUGACGGUCGCAACACACCUCUGGAAAAAAGGCUACAAAACAAUCAAGAAGAUUGGCGAGGGCACUUUUUCAGAGGUGUUGAAAACCCAGAGCCUGAAAGAUGGGAAGUUCUACGCAUGUAAAACCAUGAAGCAGACAAUUAACAGUCUGGAGCAGGCCAACAACCUGCGGGAAGUCCAGGCGAUGAAGAGACUGAGCCCACAUGCAAAUAUCAUCCAGCUACAUGAACUGAUUUUUGACAAAGAAAUGGGAACAGUGUCUUUGAUUUGUGAGCUGAUGGAGAUGAACAUCUAUGAGUUCAUACAAGGGAGACAAACUCCACUUCCUGACCACACAGUGAAGCAUUACAUGUACCAGCUCUGCAAGUCACUCGAACACAUGCACAGCUGUGGGAUCUUUCACAGAGACGUGAAGCCAGAGAACAUACUCAUCAAACAAAAUGUUCUGAAGCUUGGGGACUUUGGCUCAUGUCGGAGUGUGUACUCCAAGCCGCCGCACACAGAGUACAUCUCCACGCGCUGGUACAGAGCCCCAGAGUGCCUCCUCACUGAUGGGCAUUACUGCUUAAAGAUGGACAUCUGGAGCACCGGCUGUGUCUUCUUUGAGAUCAUGAGCUUGAAUCCCCUCUUCCCUGGUGUAAAUGAGUUGGACCAGGUUGCCAAGAUCCAUGAUGUGCUGGGGACACCGGAUCAAAGUCUUCUGCAGAAGUUCAAGCAGUCUAGAGCGAUGCACUUUAACUUCCCUCCAAAAAAAGGCACUGGUAUCUCAAGACUGGUCCCCAACUGCCCGGCCCCGGCUCUGUCACUGCUCUAUCAGAUGCUUGCAUAUGACCCCAGUGAACGCAUCACUGCGGAAACAGCCCUGCGGCACACGUACUUCAGGGAAAUCAGGUUGGCAGAGAAGAAAGCCGACACUCUUCACAGAGUUUCUGUGGCUAUAGAUGGAGUCGAGAGUAGUGGGACGCACAGCUCCAUGCAGCACAUCUGGCGCCCAACCAAACUUGGCAAACAGCUGAGGGGAAGACACACAAGGCAAACACCUUUAAUGAGUCACAACAUGAAGCAUGCAGCCGAGCCCCUCAUCAGACGUAACGUCCCUCAUUAUCCCACAGAGCUGCCCAAGCUCAACAUGGUUCUACCACGACCACAAAUCCCCUUAACCGUCUCCACUAUGCCUGCAUUCACCGCCACUCACCGAGGCACACUGCCAGUCAUCACGUCGAAAAAGUGCCAGUCACAGUUGGCUAAGCCCCGGGAUGAGUCACACCGCACAGCUUUCAAGAACUUCUACAUGCCACCUCUGGACAGGAAACAUGGAGGCUACUGAGCCAAAAACACGUCAAUGUUUGAUUUAAGUCCGCCUCCAACUGUAGUGAUAAACAGAUUGUUGACAGGACAAUGUUUGGACAUGCUUGAUGUUGAGAUGCAGCAAUGCAAAGAUGUUUGAGAGAAAAAAUGCAGUCAAGACUACAUGGUCUGUCAAUUUACCAGUUAUGACUGCGACACCAAACUGUUUAAGCCACAUAGAUUCUGUUAUAUUAUGCUGGACUGAGGAUGUGUACUCAAGUUAUGACAUCAGUUUUACUUGACCUAGUCAGGUGCUACAUGUUUACAACUGUUGAGAAAUAGAUGUCAAUCUGAGCCUACUACACAAGAUAAGCAAUACGAUUUUUGACAAUUUCACCACAAGUGAAUUAAGUGGUGUAACUCCUUUGAUAAGGAACGUUAUCAGCUUAUUGUAAAAAAAAAAAGAAAGAAAAAAAGUGACUUUAAAAAAGUUGUCACGCCCUUUGGGAGUGUUCCAGUUGUAUUAUUUUUACAACUUUGAAUCACAAAUGAUUAGGUUAGCACUUUCUGACAGUUAUACCUAAAUAUCAAAGUGUAGACAGCUCUCUAUAAUCUGAUUCAAGUGUAAAUGUAAAACACAAAAUAAGUCCAAUUAUUUUUCACCUUUUGCCGCAACAAACCUAACAUAUGACGUGUGUCAAAAAGAACAACUUACAAACACAGCAGCUUUAAUCGAACAGCUGUGAUUCAAAGUUGUAAAGCAAUAAGACAUGAGGAACCACAAGGGAAGGGUUGAAUAAGUUCAAGUUCCCCAUUGUGGGACGAAUAAAGGUAUAUCUUAUCUUAAUACUUUUCAUAGGUAACAUAUAUAUUGGGACAGAGUCUCUUUCCGGUAGCAGUGAAUCGGUUCCUUAGGAGAAACUAAUCUGAGGGGCAGAAUUCUUCCUUUACAAAAGUAAACAGCAAAAACACUCACAGUAAGUGCUACAAAAUUAUUGUGUGCCAUUGGAGAAGUGAUUUAAAGGCACAUUUUGUGACCCAGCUGUAAAUAAAAUAAAAUUUUAAAAAGCCCCAUGCGGAAUACAAAGUAUAUCAUUGGAAGUUUAUAACAAAAAAAUGACUUGUAGAUCAGUUAUGUGAAAAAACUGUAUGCUAUAAAAUGCAGGUUGGGUCUUUAAGAGUCCAAAGUCAGAUUCUCUUUUUAUUGCCAUGUUUUAAAUGUACCUUGAUAAGUAUUUUCAUCCCCUUCACUUAAAACUAUGUGGCUUUAAAAAGUCAGAUUUCACUCUGAGCUAUGAGCUCAUAAAAAUAAACUGUGGCCCAAUCUGCACUUUGUGUUAUUGUGAUGCAUUAUCACAAUAAAAAGAAUUUUGUCAAGUA